AUGGCUCGUGAUCCGACAGAUGACCACCAAGAAUCUCGUUCGAAAUUCGAUGCGGCGCUGGAGACGCUCCGUGUAAUCGGGGACCUGAGCCCCAACUUCGGCGAUCCGUUGCGCAUGUCCUCGCUGGCCGACGAUGGCCAACGGCUAUCUCACUCUCAGAGCACACAGACAGAACCGUACGAAGAUAGCAGUGAAGAGGAGAGCGUUGAGGACGCUGCUGCUCAAUCGGCCCUCCUGCCAAACUCCCAUCGGCUGAAGUGCUUCACGUCAAAUUUCAACUGCUGUUACAGAAAGCUGUCGAACGCCAAAGAACUCCUGCAGCAGGUGAUGCCUUCACCGCAGGCAUCUGGCGGCUGCACCGACGCGGAAAACGUGUACGAGGUGUACGGUCACGUCCAGAACCACGGCGUCUGUUGCGAGGUAGGAAUCCUUCUGUGGUCAUCACGUUCUAAGUCAGCGGUUUCCAAACCCCGGGUUUGAGG